GAUCCGAGUAGGGUCACCGCCCCCCGGCUAGACUCCGUCCGCGGUCAGCAAUCUCUCACACUAAGUUGGUCGCACGGUGAUGUUACCGUCGGGGGUGGACAGAUGCGCGGCCGACGGCUCUCCGCGGCUCUCCUCACCGACCCGGUGGGGACUCCCCCGCUUUCUUAUCCCCCGAUCCCGGCAUCUCCUGCAAAAAAACUCCCCCACCGCCAUUCGCCCCUUCCAUCUCGAAACCAUUCGCCCCUUCCAUCUCGAAACCCUGACCCUUAUUGUCGCCGCCGGAUUCCGAUCGAUCCAUGGAUCCCGGCCCCCACGGGUACCGCCACCACCCGACGCCGCCGACGCACGCCGGUGGCGCCGGAGGGAGGGAGGACUGCUGGAGCGAGGGUGCGUCGGAGGCGCUGAUAGAGGCAUGGGGGGACAGGUACCUCCAGCUGAGCCGGGGGAACCUCCGGCAGAAGGACUGGAAGGAGGUCGCCGACGCCGUGAACGACCGGCAGGAGGCUCUCGGAAAGACCCGGAAGACGGACGUCCAGUGCAAGAAUCGGAUAGACACCCUCAAGAAGAAGUACAAGCUCGAGAAAUCGAAGCCCGGACCGUCUCAGUGGCCCUUGUUCUCGCGCCUUGACCUCCUCAUCGGCCCCAACUCUGCUCCAUCUCUCAAGAAGCCGAAUCCUUCCGGUGCCCCCUUCAUCAAAGCCCACUACCCCCAACCCAAUUCCCACCGGCACCCUUCCCUCACCUUUACCAUCAAGCCCCGGAACCCUAACCCUAAUGCUGCGGUCUGCUCGGACGGGUCGAUGAACUCGCCGGGAUCCUCUGAGAGCUCCCGUGGAGAAUUUGGCCGUGUCGGGGAUGAUAACGAUGACGAGGAUGAUGAGGAUGAAGACGAGGAGGAUGGCGAUAAUGGGUUGUCUGAUGUUGUGGCUGCAAGAAAGCGGCGGAGGAGUUGGGGGAGUUUGGGUGGUGGUGGUGGGGAGGAGGAGGCUUUGGGGGAGUUGGCGAGGGCCAUUGUGAAGUUUGCGGAGGUUUAUGAGAGGGUGGAGAGAUCAAAGCAUCAGCAGAUGAUGGAGCUGGAGAGGCAGCGGAUGGAGUUUGCGAAGGACAUUGAGUUCCAGCGGAUGCAGAUGUUCAUGGACGCUCAGCUUGAGCUCGAGAAGAUGAAGCGGCCCAAGCAUGCAUCGGGAUCUGGGAAAAGGUUAUAGUGGAGAGUUCGAGCUCCCUGUUUGCAUUGCCAGCUAAUGUAUUGAUAUUGAUAAUACUCUGGUAAUAGCUGAAUUAACUAGUGCUCUGCAGCAAUCGUGAAGCAGCAGCGGUGUCCAUCGGAUUUAUGUUGGUUACAAAAGAUAAUUUAGCCAUGUCAAUUAAUGUAUCUUUGGAUUAUUUCUUGGUGUAAUUUACUGUAGACAUCGGCGGUGUUGCAUUCAUUAUUAACAGUAUUGAAUCUGUACAACAAAUUUUGAUACGGGUCCGUAGUUGUCAUAUAUUAAACGGAUGCAUGCUGCUCUGCACUACCAAGAACAGUUGAUGUUAAUUUUUUAUCCGCAAGACGGUUGUCUUUAUUUUCCCUUUCCUUAUCAUUUUGUUUGCUUAUUUAUUGGAAGAUGGCAAUCAUGACUCAU